AGUAGUAUGGUGUUGGUUUUUACACCGUUUUUAGUUAUCAUGAUCUGAAAAUAAUCUUAGUUACAUUUUAAUCCCCACAGAGGUAAAAGGUGCAUAAUUACUAUUGUGUCUAUUACACGCAUGAGGUAAUAUGUACACAUAAUGGUGCCUAUUAUUAUACCCUGCAGAAUCAAAACAUAAGGAGUGGAAUGCAAUAUCAUCAGGUUGUGGUGACUGGUUGAAGUCUUGUGAAAACAAUUGUGUCCAAACUAGUACUACCCCUAUACCCAAACAUGUCCAUUUUGUGUCUCUGAAUCGUCCGUUCUCAUUCAUUGAAUGGCUGGCAGUAGUGAGUGCCAGGAACAAGAUAAAGCCAGACAAGAUCACUGUCUAUACUGACGGACUACAAGACAGCUGCUGGUGGAGACGUGCUCUCCCAUACAUUGACCACCAAAUCAUUCACGCAUUGCCUGGGGCUAACGUUUUGAAUCGUGUUCCCAUCAAACUUCUACCACAUAAAUCUGAUUUUCUUCGUCUCUCCAUCCUCUAUCACAGUGGGGGUAUAUACAUCGAUAGUGACAUUUUGAGUUUAAAUUCAUUUGACCCUCUCCUCAAGCACCAAAUGGUACUGUCUGAGCAGUGUGGUAGUAAGAUUAAUGUUGCACUGAUGAUGUCACAGAAACACAGUUGUGUGUUGUGUCGGUUUGCCCAUUUCAGCUGCAAGAAUUUCAAUGGUGGAUGGAUUACUCAUUCAGUAGGUGCACUCUCUUCCUUUGUCAAGUCACUAGACAAAGAGAGAGAUGAUGUGGCAAUUCUUCCAUGGAAAAGUGGCUUUCACCCAAUGUGUUACGAUGCCAAAGGACUUGAUGAACUCUACACAGAGGACUUUGAUUCUAUAUCUGGCUACAAUAAAACAAGAAUCUACUCUGUUCACCUGUACCACAACAAGCUUGAGUCCCAACAGCUGAUGCGCACUAAAGUACAUAGUUUUGACUGGAUACAGACAAGUAAAUCUCUAGUGGCUCUUACUAUCAGAGAAUCUCUGCCACCUGGUUUCUCCCAACAACAUUUACAUGAAUCUUCACAGUGUACUGAUAUACAGCUUCCUGACUGAUUUCCUAUUUGUAUCAUUUUACUUCAAAAUGUAAUCUCUAAUUGUUGA